CGGGCUGGCCGCGUAAUCGUGACGUCAGCGCGCCCGCGCCGGCUGGCCGGACGCCCUAGGCUUCCGCGAGAUCUUCGGUGGGUGUACGGGUGUUUUACGCCAGGACGCUGAUGUGUUUGGGUUCUCGUCUGCAGACUCUCUGGACCUGGUCACAAUUCCACAAUGUACCACAACAGUAGUCAGAAGCGGCACUGGACUUUCUCCAGCGAGGAGCAGCUGGCAAGACUGCGGGCCGACGCCAACCGCAAAUUCAGAUGCAAAGCCGUGGCCAACGGGAAGGUUCUUCCGAAUGAUCCAGUCUUUCUUGAGCCUCAUGAAGAAAUGACACUCUGCAAAUACUAUGAGAAAAGGUUAUUGGAAUUCUGUUCGGUGUUUAAGCCAGCAAUGCCAAGGUCUGUUGUGGGUACGGCUUGUAUGUAUUUCAAACGUUUUUAUCUUAAUAACUCAGUAAUGGAAUAUCACCCCAGGAUAAUAAUGCUCACUUGCGCAUUUUUGGCCUGCAAAGUAGAUGAAUUCAAUGUAUCUAGUCCUCAGUUUGUUGGAAACCUUCGGGAAAGUCCUCUUGGACAGGAGAAGGCACUUGAACAGAUACUGGAAUAUGAACUACUUCUUAUACAGCAACUUAAUUUCCACCUUAUUGUCCACAAUCCUUACAGACCAUUUGAGGGCUUCCUCAUCGACUUAAAGACCCGCUAUCCCAUAUUGGAGAAUCCAGAGAUUUUGAGGAAAACAGCUGAUGACUUUCUUAAUAGAAUUGCAUUGACGGAUGCUUACCUUUUAUACACACCUUCCCAAAUUGCCCUGACUGCCAUUUUAUCUAGUGCCUCCAGGGCUGGAAUUACUAUGGAAAGUUAUUUAUCAGAGAGUCUGAUGCUGAAAGAGAACAGAACUUGCCUGUCACAGUUACUAGAUAUAAUGAAAAGCAUGAGAAACUUAGUAAAAAAGUAUGAACCACCCAGAUCCGAAGAAGUUGCUGUUCUGAAACAGAAGUUGGAGCGAUGUCAUUCUGCUGAGCUUGCACUUAACGUAAUCACGAAGAAGAGGAAAGGCUAUGAAGAUGAUGAUUACGUCUCAAAGAAAUCCAAACAUGAGGAGAUCGCCAAACUUUGGCAUCAGAGCAAGGUCCACACUUAUCACUGAAAAUUUUCCCACCCAGCCCCAUUAAAAAAGUUAAAGUGUGAGAGAUUUUAUUUCAACACUGACAAGCUAGUUACUAGAGGGCCUACAAAGGUAAGUAACAAGUUUCCAUUUCAACUUGAGAGACAAAUGAUGUUAAAAUAUAAGAAGCAGGGUAAGUCAGGUUUGUGAUUUUAAAUAAAAGGGAGAAGGAUUUCAGACUGAGGAAUGACAGGUUAGUAUGGCUAAAGAAAGAUUGAGGUGUGAUAAAUGGGAGCCAAAGUGCACAGCGAAAAUAUCUUGACUAAUCCAUAUCCUCCCUGUCUUCUAUCAAUCAUGUAACCAAGGAAGGAGACCACCUGGGAUACUAUGUUGGUCCAAGUCCAGCUAAAAAACAGAAGGGGUGGAAAGGAGAGUAAUUUGAUAAAAGAGCCAAGAAGGGAGAGAAUGGAAUGAAUUGAGCUGAUUUCAAGGAAAAGGAGCAUGGGACAUGUUGAGAUUUUUGGUAUCAUCAGUGUUAAACGGUGAUUGAAGCCACAUAGGUUAGCAGCCCCCAUAGAAAUAACUGCCUUUUGUAGCUUGGAACUAUUAAGCAGACAUCUUUUAAGCCCUUAGCAUUUUUUUUUCCUGUAUUUUAUACAUUAGAGGAAUAGCAUAAAGUGUUGCUCUUGGAAUCUAGGGCUUUCCUUACUGUGGGAACACCUCCUUGGGUUCCUGUCUCACUCACUUUGAUUACCAAUGUCAUUCUGCCACGUAUGUUCCAUAUGUCCUAUCUGCCCUGCACAAUUAUGAGAGGGAAGGAAUUGUUGCAUUUAUAAAAUCCUUUUCAAAAGAGGCCAUUAGCAAAAAUACUAAUCUAAAGCUUCAGCUUCUCCCUGGGCCUUGCUCUGGUGCUAAGGUUUAAACUGCCCCUGAAGGAGGAAGAAAAUAAAUAAAUUAAAUGCUUAGCUCUUUUAGACAGAAGUAAUCAAUUAUGCAAGAUAUCCCUUGGUUUUAUUUUAACUUAACCUUUGUGAAUACACUUAACCUUUGUGAAUACUUCACAAAAAUACACAUACAGAAGUAAAUAAAACUAUACAGUUGAACUAAAUAUCCAGCAGAUACAACAAGUAGUCAGAAGUUCAAAGAUGGAUAAGUUAGGCAGCUGAUGAGGUUGUCUGCAUAAUCAAAGGGGUAGCACAAAUAAUGAACAAAUAACUUUUAACAAAAGCAUUCUAGUUAACAUAAAAGAAAUUGGUAGUCUAUAAAAUGGUUGAAUGGGUAACAUGCAUUGAUCAAUACAACAACCAAUAAUAUUUACUGAAUUCAAACUAUUUACUUGUAAACAUUUAACAAAGCAUUAUGAGAUCUAAAUACAGUCUUUGACAAUUUCAACAAAAUAAGUAGUAUGUUUAAAAAAUAAAGCUGAUGAGCAAUAGAUCAUUCUAUAUAUUUUCUUUCAACAGUUCCAGCAAGAGAAAUAGCAGAGUAUUUUUUAAAAGUAUAUUUUAAAAGUAUACAGCAAAGAUUGUUCCUAUUAUACUGACAAACUCUGGAAACUGUAAAUACAAAUAAUCAUUGAACAGUCAAAUGGUCAUAUUCCUAAUCAGGAAGUAGUUACAGUAAGAACAGUCUGCAAUCCAGUUAUACACAAUUGUCAAUAAGAGAAUGUGUUUCUUGUCAGUUGAUUUCAUAGUUCUUUCUCUAACAGACAGCAAAACUUUGGCAACUGGGUGUACUGAAAAUAUAUUUUGAAAGUUCGAGAUAUCAAGAUACAGUCAUAGCAUUUCGUUUUGUGAAAGAUGGUCUGUACACCAAGACUCAGAGGUUGUUAAAGAUUGAUUCCAUGUGGAAAUAGUGCAAAUAUCCUGCACAGAUAGCUUACAAGGUUGCUGGCAUAGUUAUUCACCAGCAGAAUCUUGGAUUUUGUUUGCAUAGCUCACACAUCACUGGAAUGUGGAAAAGUGUGCUAUUUUUUGGCAAGAGCAAAGGAGACAUUAAACUGAAGUGAAUUACCAUGUUGGGCAUGCUGAAUCCAUGCAGAACACUGGGGCGAAGGCUGCUACCUGACAUCAUUGGUUUUUGUAUACUGGUUUUGUUUUUGUUGAAGCAGUUCUGUUAUAGCCAGAAGCUUUUUCAAUACGUGCUAGACAGAGGAAAAAUGGUAUGAAAAUAAAUGAAAGCUCGGUCAGCAAUUUCAGGAUGGGAACCUGGAUUUGAAAAAAACUGUAUCAAAGCAAAAGGACGCAUAAAAUAUUACCACAAUUCCACUCAAAACAUAAGUCUCUAUUAUUCAGUCAUUGGCUGAGUAUUUCUGGUCAUAACUAAGAGAAUUUUUAUACCCUAAAGUGAACAGAAAUUUGUUUGUGUUUGGCAUGCUCCUAUUUUUUAGGCCAGAACUAUCACACUAUCACAUGUUGUCAGAAGCAGUUUACCUCUCUUUUAAAAAAGGCUUUUUUUAUUUAAUAUCUAAGGCAAGGCAAGUCAUAUUAUUAGUUUUGAAAGCUGUGGGGGGAGGGGCGGGGAGGAACAGGACUUGAGGAUUCUAGAAUCUCAGAUUGUAGAGAACUCAGUCACCAAACUCAAUGCUUUAAUCCCUUCUACAAAAUCCCUGCCAAAUGGUUAGCCAGUGCGGUGACAGCAUUCACUAUCUCCUGAAACUACAUUAGAAACUAGUCAAAACUGUCCCUGUGGUCACUUCCUCUCAGUAGCCCUUAUGUUAGCUGAGGACAUUCAAAAUGUAACUCAUUUUGUUCUAUAUCUCCAAUAUCUUAAUUGACCUGGUAUUAAGUCCCUUCAAAUUCUGGUCUGGUCUUUGAAUACAUCCUAAUCUGUAUCUGUUUGGUGCAGAUGGCAGAUAGAAGUCUAUCAAUGUAGUCUACUGUUUCUCAAAGUGUAGGCCAUGGUUCACUUGCAUCAGAAUACCUAUAAAUUCCUCUAAGAGUUUGUUAGACGUGCAGCUUUCAAGGCCACACUUCAGAAUCUCUGGAUGUGAAAUUUGACAAACAUGCCAAAUAAUAAUCAUUUGUUUCACAGUUUGAGAAUCACUUUGGCCAUGCACUGUAUCUGUAUGUGACAGAGAAAAGACAAGACAGAAACUGAAAGAAAAAAAAAUAAAAUCAAUAUUGACUUACUAACUAGCCAUUUUCACAUAUGCCACCAAAGUGUUGUUACACUGUUUUCCAGUAGAAUUAACAUUCAGACUCAAGAGCAAAACCUGAUGUUUUUCAGUAUUAAAUGUACAUCAUUUUAGUCUGGGCCCGUUAUUUCUGUCUGCUGAGAUCUUUUGUAAUAUGAUGCAGAGUCUCAAAAAUUUAAUGUAACAAGAUAAAAAUGUUAACCAGAAUUCAGCUAUUUAUUAACUCUCAAAGUGUUAUCUUUGAAACAUCAUUGUUAAUGAAGGCUGGCGAAAGCCUACCUGCUGUGCACCACGCUCAUUACUGAGCGUUCGAAGUUCAUCUGAAUGAGCCACGCAAAUCUCAUGUAAUGCUGCUAAAUCACGGGACAGGUCCGUUCUAGAAUGCUCUGUAGUGUCCGGAAGUUCAGGUACAUUCUUUAAGGGAAUCGUAAAAUUGCAUUUAGAAAUACAAAUCUUCUUUUUGUUGUUGUUUUUUUUGAGACAGUUUCGCUCUUGUUGCCCAGGCUGAAAUGCAAUGGCAUGAUCUCAGCUCACUGCAACCUCCGCCUCCCAGGUUCAAGCGAUUCUCCUGCCUCAGCCUCCCAAGUAGCUGGGAUUACAGGCACCUGCCACCAUGCCCAGCUAAUUUUUUGUUACAAAUACAAAUCUUUCUCUAUAGUCUCAUGUGAAAAGAUUCUAAUUGGGUAUAUUAGAUAAUUUUUUUAAUACUCAAAUUUCUCUUAAAAUUCUAAAGAUUCUUAUUGAAACAUAAUAUUCAGUAUUAAUGAUGGUAAAAUAUAGACUUUGUAACCUUUGUAUUCAAAUGAAAGCCAGAUUCCAUUUUUUUCCAUAGCAUGACAGAUGUGGUACAAUAUUAUUGCUAUUCUAAAAAUAAGGGGUGGGGGGUGUGGCUUCCUAACAAUUAGCUUUGUAUCUGAAAUCUAGAACAUAUGCCAAAUAGUGUAGGUUAACUGCUAAUCUGGAUUAAAUGCAGCCUAAACUUACUUAAAAUUCCUAGAUGAAAUUUCAUUAUUAAGCUCCUGUAGUUUGUCUAAGUUGAUAAUGCAUAUAAGUAGGAACUGCACUAUGAAAAUGCAAUGAGAACCUGUCAGGUUUGCAAUUAUCUGUGGACUAUGCUCAGAAUACUUGCUAAUGUGUGGGAAUAAUCAGUGUUAAUUAUGGUACUUUCAGAUAAGGUUCAUAAAGUAACUUAGUCACUAUAAUUAAAGUUUAUAGUAUAGGUUGAAUAUCACCCAAAAUGCUUGAGACCAGAAGUGUUUCGGAUUUUGGAAUAUUUGCAGUAUACUUGCCAGUUGAGCAUCCCCAAUCCAAAAAUCCAAAAUUGGAAAUUUUCCAAAUAGGAUUUCCUGUUGGUGCUCAACAAGUUUUGGAUUUUUUAGCAUUUCACAUUUCAGAUUAGGGACACUCAACCUGUACUUUAUUAUCAACACUAAAUGCCAGUGUUAUUUUAAGCCUUGGAAUAACAUUUAACAAGGGCUUGGAUUACCAGUAAAAUGGUGACAGUAUUUGCUUUACAUUGCUGAAAAUUGCAAAACAAUGUUUUCUAUGGGAUAGAGAAACACAGUUACUCAGAAUACAUUCAGUGAUUAAAGGAUUAUAGCGAUGAAAGACACCAUAUUUGCCUUCAGAGAACUGACUCCAGUAGAAAGGACUUUAGAAUAAAGUAAUCAUAGCAACACAGAAUUAUAUAUCACAGAUACGCAGGGGAUGCUUAGGAGGUAAAACAAAAGUUAUUUUAUUCAUGUUUGGGGUUCAGCAAAAGCUUCCUGAAGGAGAUAAUAAUUGAGGUGUGUCUUCAAAAAUAAAUUUGGCUUAUACAGGUGGUGAAGAAAUAUGGUAGUAUUAUAUUUGGAUUCUAAGCAGUAUGAAAUCCUAGAUUGUGUGGCAUAACUUCUCACACAGUUCCUUAAACAUUAUAGUAAAAAUGUUUUCUAAUGAUUGACCAACUAUAUCCCAGUUCACAUAUAGAAGCAUGAUGGACUUUUAGCAUUUUUGUCAAUUUCACUAUAAAUUUCACUAUAAAUAUGGAGCUAUGCCAUAAUUUUUCAUACACUAGUUUUUAUAUCUGAGGUUGCAAACUAGUGACUCAACGGCAUUCCUGAUUUGUUUGCCACAAAUUGUGGUGGUCUUUUUAACUGAAUCUGAAUACAGAAUCUGAAUACAUUAAGACAGAACAUGGACACCUCAAUCUCCAAUCCUAGCACUCCCUAAUGCCAUGCCUUACACCUGGCUCUGUUCACAUGUACAUGCACCUUCCUGUUUUCUCUAUAUAUGAACUGAAUUACUAAUAAGUUUAGUUUAAAACUGACUCAGUACCUGAAAAUCUGUUCAAUCAUGAAAAUUUAACUUGAUUAAGAAAGGCAGGGUCCUAGAAAUUAUAAAAUACCCUCAUUCAUAAUUUUGUAAUCACAAUUUAUUUUAUUAACAAGGCCCAAAUGAGGCACCGAUAUUCACACUGAAUGAAGUGUAACACCGAAUCCACGUCUUUUAUUCCUAGAAAAGAAGACUUUUCAGUCUAGUUACUUAUUUAACCUGGUCAGAACUGUGUCAUCGUCUUGCUUCAAGCCCCACAUAGUAGCAGCAAAGUAAAAAAGCUAAGGAGGCAACAGAAUGUCAUGGCAGUCAGAUGUGAUAGCUUUAAAAGGAUAUGAAAAGCAAGACAGACCCUAAAAAAUGAUGGAAGUAGUCUAAAAGCCACAAUAAUGUAUGCUUUGGUGUAAACUAUUUAGUGUAAGAAUAAAUGGUUUUAAUUACAAACAAAAAUACUGUUUUUUGUUUAGGAAGGCAGACAAAAAUUUGCAGGCUUUUUGUCUUUUUAGUUUUGGAUAGAAAAUCUUUCUAAAGAUUGCUGCUUAAAUGGGUUAACUCAGCUAUAUCAACUAUAAGUCUUGAAAAAAGUACCUGAAAACUAUAUACAUACCCCAAGUUCAUCUAAAAACAUGAUCAUACGAUGUUUGUUGCUUUUGAUGAAUGGAUUGACACCUUCCAUGUAGGGCUCCUGAAAAAAUAAAAUGCUUCUAUUAUAUGCACCAGAAACAAACCACUGUUUGACCUAUUAGGUUGGUGCAAAAGUAAUUACAGUUAACAGCAAAAACUGCAAUUACUAUUGCACCAAAUUAAUAUAGCAAAACCCAUACAUGUAGCAAUACUUCUUAUAAAUUAGGUGUAGCAGCAGCAACACAUUCACAAGAAUUAACUAAAUCAUAUAAUGACAGUAUUUUCCUUCUAGCACAUAAGCAAAUGGCUGGCUAUACUGAGGAGUAUGGGUAUUUUUAAUGAAAGAAAAUUCUGGACCCAAGCACAAAUCGUAACACAUAGCCUGGCAGACACAAAUUGUUUAUAUAUAAAUUCACUCAAACAUGGCCCCAAAUCAUAGGUUUGAAUCCAGCAGAGAUUACAGGGAAUUAAAAUACAAUAUAAUAAAGACUGCAACAGGAAAAUAUCUUAUUUGUAACCUGCCUCAAAGAUUCAGAUGAAUUCAAAACCUAGGCCAUACAUGUAGUUAACUGCUCAUCAUACUAAACUCCUGACUACUUAAAACCAUGCUAUAAAUAGGGAAAAUGUUAAGAUUAACACACUCUUUUAAAAUCAGUAAGAAACUCAAUGAGAUAAGGACCUCAAUAGGCAAUUCCAAAGACAAAGACAUGAAAGUCUAACAGUAAUAAAAUAAUGAAACACAAAAUAUUAUGCCUAUCAAAUUGGCAAAAAAGAAAAAAGUAUAGUACCCAAUGAGUUUUGGCAAGGCUGUGAGGAGCAACAAAAGUAUCUUAAAUUGCUGACAGGAAAUCUUGUAACACAUAGCAAAAGCCUAAAAUGUAUUUACUUAGUGAUUUUACUCCAAAGUUCAGCUAAUAAUUGAGUAAGUAUGAAAGGAAAUGUAUGCAAGGAUAUAUGUUACAACAAUAACAGGGACAAAUGGAAGCCAUCUAAAUAUCCAUUAUUAAGAAUAGUGAAGGAGUUAUCUAUUUCCACAUAUGGCAAGAAGUCUGUCACGUAUUAGGUGACAAAAGCAGGAGGCAUAAUACGAUCCCAACUGAAUAUCAGUCAUUAUCCUUAGAUAGUACAAUUAAGUGUAGGUGUUUAAAAAAAUAAAAUAAAAUCUUGAGUUUUAACAUUUACAGUGAAUGUUUGUGAAAUACAUUUUUUAAUGACUUUUUGUAUUAAAAUGUACUCAUUGAUUAUGUUUAAAAGUGGGAGAAUUUGAGUACACUGGACCUUGAAAAAUUCGUUUUCUAUAAUGGCUAAAGUGGUGUUUUUUAAAGUUCCACUAUUAAAAUGUAAAAUUUAAACAAGCUACUUUAAAAACAAACAUACCAACAAAAAUAAUCUUUCAUUGCUAAAAAUUUCACUGCUAAAAAUUUACUUAAGCCACAGUUUAUGGUUUUAUCAUGUCAAACUUGCAUUCAUAAAUUACAUUUUAAAGUAUCAAAAUGUUUUUACCUUAGCUCCAAAUUCCACAAGAUUUGCUAAGUUCUGCACAGAUUUAGCCACUAAUAUCAGUGUUCUUGCAGCAAUAGGAGAUGGAGAAUCUGUAACAGAAUUGGGCACAGCUAAUGAGACCAAGUCCAACAGCACUUCCAGCUAAACCAUUAUAAAUUUAGCACUUUAAUAUUUCUUUACUGUUAAACUACUACCCAUUCUUCCAUUCGGAACUCAGAAUGUUUUUUGAAAAAUGUUUUUUGAAAAAUUUAUGAUCCAUAAAAUUCAAAAGAACUUGAGUUAAAAGAGAAAAACUGAAUAUGCUUAUCAGUGCUUCUAGGCUUGCGAAAAGGGUACUACAAAACUCAGCAGUUUCCAAUGGUUGAUACUAUUUCAAAGGACCUCAAAGCUUUACCUUUAUCACUAAAAAAGAUUGUCACUCCUCACAUCUUUCGUGACAGUUCACAAAGCUAAUUUCAACCUACUCAGGUUAGCAAUCUGAGCAAUUCCCUGCUCCCAACAUUAUUUGCAGUCCAAAUAAUUCACUUAAAGCUCAAGAAGCAAGAUAAAGUCUAGGACCUCUGCUUUAUUUUGAGGAGAAAAACAUGAAAUUUAAUAAACUUUUAAAAUAUUUUAAAGGUAAGUCAGGAAGCACUUCCCUGUGGAACACAGAUAGUAGGAUGUAAAUGAAAAGUAUUGGUGUCUAUUAAAUAUAAGCUCUGGAACUUAAUUAUUUAACAGUAAAAUCCCAUAGAUAAUCUACCUGACUGCCUAGUUUUAGAUGGUGUUGUCUGAGGCGAACAUCCAGAUAAAUCUCUCCAAAAGAAUUUCAAACCCUUAAUCUUAAUAAUUUAUAGAUUUAACCACUUUAGUAGCAAUAAAAGAUAAUUACAGAGAUGUGAUGGCUAUAUAGAAGUAAAAAUUAAGACAUUCCAAAACAUUUUUAGUACAAUUUUGAGCUUCAGAUUAUUAAGGUAAAAAUGGUUCCAGUUCCUACUGUUUAUAAUGGUUCAUUAUUACAUUCAAAGUCACAAAUAUCCCUGUUAUCCUUUCUUUGAAAGAAGCUUUUAACACCUGAAAGUCAUCUCAAAAUGGAUAUAUGGGUAAUAAAACUGGAUCAGGUUUACUGAAGUUUAAAAUGGCCAAUUUACACUAUAUAACUGGUGACUUUAAAAAUCUCUAACGGGAGGAACCAGGACUGCUUUCUUCAUAAGUACUCACAGAAUACUAUUCCAACUGUACAUAUCAUUUAAUUUGAUCUUGAAGAUCUAGCUGGCAGCAGUCUACCAGCAAUGGGCUAAGCAAAGCUCUUCCCAACUUGAAAAAGCCAAGCUGCAGACUACAAGAAGUCACUUAUUAUAAAGGUUUGAGACACAAAUAGGGGUAGAAAAAAGGUGGAAUGUGUGUAAUCAUGCCAUCUCAGACCAGAUAUGAGAUGGAAGAAAAGAAACAAAAAGAAAAAAGCCCAAGAAGCACAAGCACAAGGAAGGAAGGGUGCUUUGGAAUACUUCAUAUAUGCCAUGACUAGAAUUGGAUAAUCAAAAAAAAAAAAAAAAGAUUUAAGAGUAUUCUUAAAUAGUAUGAAACUGUUAAUUCUAAUAUUUUGAAUUUCAAAAUGUAUCAAAAGCUGAUUACCUGAGAUGAUAUUGAACAUCCGUGGAUUCAGGAUGGCAGGACAGAUGAGUCGAAGAAAAACAAAACCACUGGAUGGGAGGGAAAUUUUUUUUUUUUUUUUUAGAAAACACCAAUGUGUUACAUGAAAACAAUAUAUAUCUAAACAGAAUUUUUAGUACUCAUAGAACCCAUAAAAUUCACUCUAAACCAAUAAAAGAAAGCCCAGACACAGAAAGCUUUAAGAAAACAGUAAGCCAAAGCAUAGUAUUUUAAGAAUAUAUAUAUCUGCUUCUUGAAUGUAUUACUCACUUUUCCCAAUUUAGAAUUUGGAUUAACUUUGGGAAAAUGUUGUUUAUCUGUAGUAUUUACUGUCUUGCUUACUAUUUAUUAUUCCAGGCUAGUGGUCAUUUGAUGCUUAGAGAAAGUAGUAUCCUCAGGAACCUUAAGAAUUUCUGAAAUACCACAGGAGUAGAAAUAAACUUUUUAUAUAAGCAUAGUUCUGUACAAUUUUAGAACUUCACACACCCUCAUUUCUUAAUUUAUUUAAACAGAACAGCCUAAGUUGGUUGCAUUGAUUUUGUUGAUGAUUCACAUAAAAAUAAGAAUCCAUUGCACUAGAGAAAAAGUGACUUAUUGAUCAAUGAAAAUGUCUAUAAUAGAACACUGGAAAGGUUUUCUUUUUUCCUUUUUUCUUUGUUUUCUUUGAGAUAGGGUUUUGUUCUGUCACCCAGGCUGGAGUGCAGUGGCCCACAAUCACAGCUCACUGCAACCUUGAACCCCUGGGAUCAAACAAUUCUCUUGCCUCAGGCUUAGAGUAGUUAGGACUACAGGUGCACAUCACCAUACCUGGCAUUUUUUUUUUUUUUUUUUUUUUUUGUAGAAAGCAGUCUCACUACGGUGCCCAGGACAAUUUCAAAUUCCUGGCCUCAAGCAAUCCUCCUGUCUUGGUCUAAACAUGUUGAGAUUACAGGCUUGAGCCACCAUGCCCAGCCUGAAAAACUUUUAAGACAAGACAUUAGGAAUUCUAAAGUUUUAAAAAGUUGUCAAAUUAUAAAACAAUAGCAAAAGCAAAAAUUAUACUAACAGCUGUCAUAUAUGAUUUUAUCUGCUAAUUUUACUUUGGGACAAUGUCAGUGUUAAAAGCUUGCAUAGAUACUCCUAUUCUGCCUCCUUUAGUCAUUGGUAGGGAGGAUAUGUUGUCAUGUAGAUAAUUUCUCUCUAAUUUCCUUUUAAGAAGAAUCCACACUAAUAAUUAACCUCUUACUUGCCCCAUGUAAAGACAAGCAUUAUUCCUAAAAUAAUGAAUUAUGCAAUUCCUUCUACAGAUUGAUAGACAUAAUCCAUGUAAAGACAAGCAUUAUUCCCAAAAUAAUGAGUUAUGCAAUUCCUUCUAUAGAUUAAUAGACACAAUCUCUGUUCUCUGUUAGAGUGGAUUACCCAAUUUCUUAGCAUUUACCUUUGAACAUGUACCUGUUUGCUAAUUUUUGGACUCUUAGAAAGUAAAGAUGUUACUUCUCAAACAGCAUUUAUAGAAAUUCUAAUAUAUUGGCUGGGCAUGGUGGCUCAUGCCUGUAAUCCAACACUUUGGGAGGCCGAGGUGGGUGUACCACCUGAGGCCAGGAGUUCAAGACCAGCCUGGCCAACAUGGUCUAACCCCAUCUCUACUAAAAAUACAAAAAUAGCCAGGUAUGGUGGUGCAUGCCUGUAAUCCCAGCUACUUGGGUGGCUGAAGCACGAGAAUCUCACUUGAACCUGGGAGGCGGGGGUUGCAGUAAGCCAAAAUCACACCACUGCACUCCAGCGUGGGCAAUAGAGCAAGACCCUGUCUCAAAAAAAUAACAAUUAAGUCUUUAAUUUUGGACUUCCCAAAUUUAAAGAAUCUUGUAAACUUUACUUGAAAAUAUUGUGAUAAUUAUACAUAGUAGGUCUAUGAGCCUGAAACCUAACCUUGGCAAAAAUGCCCUAAAACACCCUCUUGCAUGAAACAGUUUACAAUUUCCUGCUGUGUUUGCUUAACAGUUAUACUUAUUUGAAACUUACAAAUUUAUAGAACAGUUUUAAUUUACAUCUCACACAUAACUGUGCUGGAAUAUUAUGCUUGUAAUUCUUUUCUAUUCCUCCCAAUCACCACUAAUGCCAAGAAAAACAGAAUCUGUAGUUCUUAAAUAUUAUGUCAUAUCAUAACCAAGAGAAAUAUUACCUGCCUCCCAAAAAAAGAAAUAAAAGCCCCUUGACAAAAUUUAGGUUGGAGGCAGGAUUAACACACAUUUUCAAAACAAACUGUGUAAUAAUGGUGUUAAUGGUUGCCUAAUUAUUUUACAUAUAGCAUGACAUGACAGUGUAUAUUCUAAAUAACAAAUUAUAUUAUUAGAAAACUGCUGUAUUCUAUGACGCUUUUGCAUUAAACUUCCAUUUGCCUGGAAUUAGUUGGGGUAUUGGUUGGAGUAUGCUUAACAAAAGCAAAAGCCUACAAUAAGACUCAAGGAUAUCAGAUUGGGUCUUAGAAAGUUACCUUUAGUUCUGCCUUAGCCACCAGCUUUCUAUAAAAUCUUAGUUCAACUUAACCUCUCCAGACAGAUCUGCUUCUUCAUUGGAAAAAUAAGUUAGAAUAAUGAUAAUGAAGUAACCUUACAUAAGCUCCCAAAUUCCAUGAUUUGCCAAAGCAGUUCUUCCUAUAGAAUAAUGAUAAUGAAGUCCCUUUAUAUAAGCUCCCAAAUUCCAUGAUUUGCCAAAGCAGUUCUUCCUAAUUAUGGUACAAUGAGCAGACUGAAACACAGCUUCAGAACUACAUGUUCUGGUUACAGAUUAGCUCAGAGUCACAGAUUGUAACAAACCAAUUAAUAUCUAAAUCGGUCAAUUACUGCCCUUCUCUCUCACUGCCAAUCAAUGUGUGUGUAUGUAUGAAGAAUACUAUAUGAAGUUAGCUACAGAUUUUGUUAUAUAACUUUUAGCCUCAUCUUGUAAGGGUUUAAAAAUCCCCAAUACUUGACUAUAAAUGAAUGUUCAUGUUUUUAGAAAAUGCAAACGGCAGCUAUAUCUCACAGUAACUUUAAGUUUAGGAGCCAUCUGGACUUAGAAAGUAUGCAACAGGGCUUUGACAUAAAAGCCAAAGAAAAAAGCAUUGAAUUGUAUAUUGUUAUUCCUCAAUUUUUCACAAUUAUCCACCUAUUAGUAUGUGAUUUAACAAGUCAAUUGAUGAGCCUUACCUAACAACUCUUGUUCUCAUGGUAGUAUUUGUAGGCCACUUAUGCUGAACAGAUUUCUGUAAACACCCAUAAAUAUAUCUCAAUGUCCUGCCAAAAUAACACAAUCAUCUCAACACAGAAAGCAAGUGAAAACACUGAUCUCCUAGCAGCCAAAAGCUUAAUUUACCCAAAUAUACCACAGUUCAAUAAAACUGGCCUUUUCCCCCAAAAAAGUAUUUUGCCACAGGUAAUGAGACAUUUAGCAAGGGGUAAGGAAAACUUUAUCCACUAAGUUUAUCAUCAUCAAUUUAUUCAGUCAACUUCCUGACAUUUACUUUCAGAUAUAGAGAACUAACCAGCUGCAAAUUCUGGGGGGAAAGAUUUAGACUUAAGUUAACUUCUACCUGAACAAGUGAGUUCACUAAUACUGGAGGCCUACAAGCAUAUUAACAGAGUGAUUAGUCUAUCAAGUAUAGACUAAAUGGAUAGACAAGAUAUCUUUUACAAUCUCAAAUCUGAAACUAUAAACCUCUAUUCACUCCCCAAGCUACUAUAGUACAAACCAGACAUACUGGCUUGUACAAAAAUAAUGGGUACAAUUCAUCUUAUAAAGAUUAACCAUGACUUUUUCAGAGUAUAAUAAUAUUAGGACAACAGAAAAGCUUUCACAUGUUUUAGAAAUAGAAAUUUCUGAAGACAUAGAUACACAAUUUCUUGUCAAAUGAAAAUUUCACCACUUACGGUGGAAGUAUUUCUGAAGCCAUGAAUAUUUUCUCCACAAGCUCUGAAAGUAUGUUCAAUAGGUGUGUUAAAUUAGUGUUCACAUCUUCAUUUUUUUCUAACUUUGAUGGACUUAACUAAAAGAAGGAAUAAAUCAAUAUAAAUGCAUGUUGGCAAUGACAAAUGCAAAUGAAUAGAGGAAAACAAGUAGUUGUAGUUUUCGAGGUUGUCUAUUUUUCGGUAUCUCUGUGUGUAUUGAUCUUUUUUCUUUGUAUAAUGGGAGUUUUUAAGUAGUUUUCUCUAUGGAACUCCUCCUGGUAGGUUUGUUACCAUUUAUUCCCAAUUAGCCAACUGAAAAGCAAACAGUGCUUAGUCAAUUCUAUUUAUUUGAGGGGAAAAAAAGCUGAUUAAAAGCUUUUCUGAAUGAGGCUUAUUUAAUGGCUAAUAAAAAUAUCAAAUGCCUUAGGCAGAAUCACAAACCUUUCUCAGAACUUUUCCUGUAACCCUUCUGAUCUAGUGUCAGCAGAGUACAUUUAUCUAUGGAAGUCGGAAUUCCAUAGCCUAUCUCUAAAGUCCAGAGACUCCCUACCUACCUGCUGCACUUCUGUGUCAUCCUUAUGUUAGGCCAACUAUGGCAUUACCCCACAUUUCCAACAUUAAAUCACUAAUUUCUUCCCUUCGAGUUAUUAGUAUGAAUCGACACCUUCGUGCAGGAUUAACAUUUGCUAGGUCCCAGUGUCCAUUGUCAAAAACAAUUCCUUAAACUGAUUUUUGUAUCAGAUCUAAAAUAUAUUAUUUAUUUGUAGUUGCUUUACCAUUAAAAUGAGAGAAUAUGUGUGUGAGAUUCCACUUACUGUCUUAAUAGUUUAUUAUGAAUUUAUACUGAAACUUUAAUAAUCCUAAAAAGAUUUUUUUGUUUUAGUUGAGGUUAUCUCAUAAUUCUCCCCUCGCAAAAAAACCUUCAAGGACAAACCAAGAUGUAAUGAAGUGCUACAUAGGUUAUAUAAUGAGUCACUAACAAAACCUUCAAUUUAUCUUAUGCACGCUUUCUGUAAGUAGUAUAUAGAUUAUUAGUACAGUAGAGGAAAUGACAAAGUAUUUUCAUGAAUUUCUGGUGCAACUUGAUGGUUUUUAAUCCCAAAAUAAAGUACAUCUUUUUUAAGAAGUCCAUUUUGCAGAACAUUUUUAUAAAUGUAUUACAGACAGGUGUAACUGCUAUGAGGAAUAAUUUUAGAAAUUUAAUAUAUUUUCCUUAAAAUGUAAUUGGCUACAAAUUAUUACCUAUUAAAAUAUGUUCUUUGCAAAAAUACUUAUUAAAACAUUAAAUUCUUACCUCACAAGACUGCUUGCUUUCCAUUAUCUUUAAAAUAGAGUCUUUCAAAGCAUGAUGAACAAACUGUGUAGCAGUGGCUUUCAUAUACUGCUCCAUCAAGGUGCUUGCAAGUGUUGUGGCUCGAAAUAGGGUAGUGGCUUCAUCUACACAAAUAUUUACAUUAGAAGAUUAUUUGUAAAGGACUGACCUAAUGUGACCAAAUUGGAAAUUAAGUGAAUUCAUUUUACCUCAACAGGAAUAGCCACUUAAAUGUACUUUUUGCAUGCAGCGUUGAAAGUACUAAUUACAAUGACAUCCUAUACUUCUACAGACUUAACUCUGUAAGACUUUCAUAUGUAUUACCUCAUUAGAUCAUAAACAGAAGGGAUUAACACUGCCAUGUUCAUAUGGAAAAAUGAAGACUCAGAAUUGUUACAUGACUUAAGAUCAAUUAGACAGCUAAUGACAAAAUUAGGACCAUAAAUCAGCUUUGCUGCCCAUUGACCCCAUGCUUUGAAAUUUUAGGGUUUAUUUACAAUUAAGGAUAUAAUACAAAAUCCCAGUAUAGAUUAAUUUAUUAGCUUAAAACGUGUCUACUGAGUUUCAGUAAAAUUUUAAUGAAAUACAAAUGCUGUCAGAAAAGAUAAACUCAAGUGUAAAAUAAGGACCACCAUUUUAUCUAUUCCUUGACAAAUCUAUAUUUUGUGAUGAGGAGGAAAAUAGUUCUAAACUUUACUAUUUAUUUGGGGAACCUAGAAGCAAGAACUGUUAAUGAAUCAAAGUGCUUGGUGGUGUGUGUGGGUGGGGGGGAGGGUGGAUUAUUUUGUAAGCCAUUAAAAGCACUGUGUCCAGCAGCUUGGGAACUACUUAUCUAUAAAAGUUAGAAAUAAAAUGCAGCUGACACCCAGCUUCUGUGUAAUGAAGAAGUAAAAAUUAAACAAGACCUGUAACCCCAGCACUUUGGGAGGCUUGAGGCAGGCGGAUCACCUGAAGUCAGGAGUUCAAGACCAGCCUGGCCAACAUGGUGAAAACCCGUCUCUACUAAAAAAAUAAAAUAAAAAAUUAGCUGGGUGUGGUGGCAUAUGCCUGUAGUCCCAGCUACUUAGGAGGCUGAGGCAGGAGAAUCGCUUGAACCUGAGAGGUAGAGGUUGCAGUGAGCCGAGACUGCGCCACUGCACUGCAGCCUGGGUGACUGAGACUCCAUCUCAAAAAAAAAUAAAAAACAAGAGAAUACAGAUAAAUAUGCCAAACAGUCAAGCCACUGAUGUAGACACAGAUACCACCUUCUUGUGGCUUCUAGUACUUAUCUGCCAAAACCUACAUUAGAAAUAUCAGCUUCCCAUAGUAACCAACAUAAUCAGAACUGACAUCCAACUGCAAUUUUUAAGGAGGGAAAACAGAAUAACUUAUUUAGCAAUAUAAUUUAACAAUUUAGUAUAUUCAGAGAUAGAGUCCAUAUAUCCUUGAUAUAAAAUCUAAACCCAGUUUCUUGUAUCACACUAACAUAGCCAUACCAUACCUUCCAUGCUUAUUUCUCUGUCAUUUAGUGUGCAUAACAACAACGAUUCAAGCUUUUCGUGAAGAAAAAUCCUCAGUAGGAUGCUGGCCAGUAGUGUUCGGUCUUGUCCACAUACAUGUGAUAAAGCAUAGACUACAUGAAGUUCCUUUUGCAGUAUAAGCUAAAAUGACAUUUUAAAAGAUUGUUUAAAGUACAUAGCAUUAUAAGCAUGCUCCAUGAGACUAACAAGAAAUAUGUUCUUUCACAAGUUCUUAUAUUUAAAAUGAUGUCCCAUUGAAUAAAUUUAUUUAAAAUAGAGUGAAUUCAUAGUCUACCUAUUUCUACCAAAAUUACAGUAUAAAACAAGGUUUUAAAUCUCUGGCAUCAGUGUGCUACUAAGCUAUGAAUUACUAUGUUUACCUUAAUGGAUCUUUUAUUAAAUGUUAAAUGUUUCUGUUAAUUCCAACAAAAACAAGACUGAUAAAUAAUUUAAUACCUCUUUAAAUUCACUGUACUCUUCUUCUGGCAUGAUUUUUUCCAUAGAGUAUCGUGCUCGAACACGCAGGGACCCUGGUUCAAUACCUUUUAAUGGUAUAUGGGAGCUGAGCAGAAACCAUUCAUCUGUGGCAUGCCCUUUCUGUAAUCGGCUCAACUGGCAGCGCAUAAAUACUUGGGAAGAAAAACAAGCAAUUAUUGUUUAAAAAGAUAACACGAUAAUUAGUCAUGCAAGUAAAUUUUCCUGGUGUUCAGUCUUCCCUAUGGUGUUAAAUGCUUUUCAUUAAAGGAGUUUUCAGUAACAUCACAAAUUCA